AUGGACUCGUUGAUCCCAUUCACAACAUCGGGAUCCCUGGUAGAUUGUGUGGACAGAAAGAUGUUGGUAAUUCUCAGAGACGGCAGGAAACUACAUGGCGUCCUCCGUUCUUAUGACCAGUUUGCAAACCUCGUUCUUGAAGACACUGUUGAACGUAUAUAUCACGGCAACGCAUUUGCAGAAAACUGGCAUGGUCUCUUUCUCAUACGCGGAGAGAACGUCGUCUUGCUCGGAGAAAUCGACCUUGACAGGGAAGACGAUAUUCCCCUCACUCAAGUCGACUAUCACCUCUUGGAGCCAUACCACAAACAAGAUGCAGACAUGAAAAAGGAACGCGAGGAUGCAAAGGCUCACGUCUUGUACCAGCAGAAGGGUUUCUGCAAGGAAGGUGGCGAAGGCGACGGCUACUAA